AUGAGCGCGGGCGACGCCGUGUGCACCGGCUGGCUGGUCAAGUCGCCCCCCGAGAGGAAGCUGCAGCGCUACGCCUGGCGCAAGCGCUGGUUUGUCCUCCGCCGGGGCCGCAUGUGUGGCAACCCUGAUGUGUUGGAGUACUACCGGAACAAACAUUCCAGCAAGCCCAUCCGUGUGAUAGACCUCAGCGAGUGUGCGGUGUGGAAACAUGUGGGUCCUGGCUUCGUUCGGAAGGAGUUCCAGAACAAUUUUGUGUUUAUUGUCAAGACCACUGCCCGCACAUUCUACCUGGUGGCCAAGACGGAGGAAGAAAUGCAGGUGUGGGUGCACAGCAUCAGUCAGGUGUGCAACCUGGGCCGCCUGGAGGACGGUGCAGCAGAUUCCACGGAGAGCCUCGCUCACACACCUCCCUCCCUCCAGCCGUGCCCUGCCAGCUCCCUUCCUGCCACCCGCGCUGCCAGCUCCUCCUUGCCAAGCGAUGACCCAAGCACUAACGCCACAGCUGCUGAGGAAAGCAGGAGUGAGUCAGGGUUUCUCUUCCUUCCUGAUUACCUGGCUCUGUCCGACUGCAAGACUGGAAGACUGCAGCCGAGGAGAUGUGAUAGCUGCUCAAACUCAGACCGCUCAUUGGAACAGACUUCGUUUGAUGAUGUUUUUGUGGAUGGCCUGCAGUCACUAGCCUCCAGUAACUUGAUGUACCCAUCACGCUAUGGGAAUGGAUUUCAGGAGGUGCCUUCCACAAGACCCCAGGCUGCUCUGCUCUGGAACAGAGAAAUCGAUGGGCCGCCCAGGGACCACUGGUCUUCUUCAUCGCUGCUGGAAACAUCCAUACAUUCCACCAAUCAGGCAGAUAAAAAUCAAGUUUCUCUGCCCUAUGGGGCAAAAGAACUAGCCAUCAUGUGCAACACUCCACCGCCCCGCCCCCCCAAGCCAAGCCACCUCUCUGAACCACGCCCAGAAGAGCAGCUGUCACGGACUGGGGAUAGCAGCAGCAGGAAGCCAGAAUGUACCCUGGUACCCAGGAGAAUCUCUCUGUCUGGUUUAGACCACAUUAGGGCCUGGAAAGCUGAUGUAGAAGGCCAAUCCUUAAGACACCGAGACAAGCGGCUCAGUUUAAAUCUGCCUUGUAGGUGCUCCCCAAUGUACCCCACAGCUGUAGCCAGCGCUGAAGACAGCUACAUACCCAUGAGUCCCCAGGCCAUGGCAUCUAGUCUUGGCCCCCUCUGCCGCCAGGAUGACUACAUCCCGAUGGGCUCAGGAAGCAUCUCAAGCCUACUGCCCAAACUACCUGCAGACUUGGAACCUCCUCCAGUGAAUAGAGACCUCAAGCCUCAAAGGAAAGCGCGGCCGCCUCCUUUGGACCUGAGAAGCCUCUCCAUCAUCCGGGAGCACACAUCUCUAACCAGGACCUGCACUGUGCCUUGCAAUCGAACCAGCUUUCUUUCUCCAGAAAGAAAUGGUAUUAAUUCUGCAAGAUUUUUUUCCAAUCCUGUUUCGAGAGAAGAGGAGGAAAGCUACAUUCAAAUGGAGCAGUACCGGACAACCAACUCCCUGAACAGUGGUGCUUUUCCCUGGACAAAGAAAUUCAGCCUGGAUUAUUUGGCCCUAGACUUUAAUUCAGCAUCACCAGCCCCCAUACACCAGAAACUUCUCCUUUCAGAAGAGCAAAGGGUAGACUAUGUCCAAGUGGAUGAGCAGAAGACCCAGGCUCUCCAGAGCACUAAGCAGGAGUGGACAGAUGAGAGGCAAUCCAAAGUGUGAGAGUGCAGGAUGGAGGAGACUCUCAAGCCUUCAAGUUGGGAAGGUCACCAACCCAGGAUGCUGGGAGCUAAGCUUUCCUUGGAAAGGGAGGAGCCUCAGGUGCAGCACACAGUCCAGCUACGCAGGCACAAAGCAACAUUGUUGGAGUUGUUGUUUGGGCCACUUUACCCUGGAGCAUGGAUCAGCUGCAUUGUUGCAGCCAAGUCCAGGCUCAGGACUCCCGCCAGACCUGCCUUUCUCUUAAUGAUUUCUGCAGCCUCCUUUCAUAUAAUCUCUAUACUCACAGUCACUGAUUCUUU